AUGCAUCUCAAAUUACUUACUUCAGUGACUGCACAAUGGGACUGCCCCAACUCACUGCUCACUCCAGCCGCUAAACAAGCGAUCGUUGCAAAGCACAACGAACUCCGUGAAACUAUUGUUCAUGGAAAGGCGCUGCGAAAGGGUGAUGUUCCGAUUCCGAAAGCAGCCAAUAUGUAUGCAAUGAAAUGGGAUUGCGAUUUGGAGAAGCAGUCACAGGAGUGGGUUAACCGAUGUGUGUUUCAGCAUUCACCUGAAAGUUUCAGACAUGCUGGAGAAAACAUCUUCGCUUCCUCAACAACCGGCAGUUUGGGAGAUCUAGGUAAAUACGGAGUGACCGCGUCAGAGGCUUGGUGGUCCGAGUUGAAACGAGUAACUGACGAUAUGAUCAAGAUUGAGAACAACGAAGUUCCGUUUGGAGGCCCUAUUUUCGGAGUUGCUGGUCAUUGGACUCAGAUGGCAUGGGGUGAAACAACAAAAGUAGGAUGCGGUAUACAAAACUGUACAAGAGGCACAAGUGGCUGGAAGCAAGUCAACGUUGUUUGCGAAUAUCGCAAUCAGGGCAAUUUUUGGUCUGCACCCAUUUACAAGAUUGGUGAUGGUUGCCAUCAGGAUUCUGACUGCACAUCGUUCCAGGGUUCGAAGUGUGAUACGUCUACCAAUCUUUGUUUGUCGCCGUAA